ACAUUGUAAUCUUUGAUCCAAACCGAAUGUGAGCGCGGUUAAAAAGUUGUUAAUACCUAAUUUAAUUUAAAUAAUUGUGGAGUUGUAAAUCAGUUUUCGUGGAGAGGAAACUACGUAACAUAAUAAAUUCUUAAAACAUGGAAGAUAUACAGGCGGUCAAACGUGUUAAAACGUUUAUACUGCCGGACAAAUGUUUCGAAAAUCGCGUCGCUUGCGCUUGGCGGCGCGGGAACAAGUUUAGUAUCUACCCCCGUUCGCAAAUACCUAACAAAACGACCUCGGAAUCAGACAACAAAACUGCCGACAAAAUAUUGGUUUUUAACCAAGAGAUACUUUUAUUUACACCAAUUUUGAGAAAACUAGUCAACGAGGCGAAUGGAACAUUUUUAUCUUUAAAAAAAGUGACCGAAACGUCCAAAAAUACAGAGAACCAAGUGGAGUAUUUGAAGCUUUCACGGCAAUAUCGGUCUAUCAUCCGCGUGUGUAUAGAAAAUCUUCAAGAAGCGGGAGAAAAGGAGGAAGACGCCGUCGCAAGGAACAAUUUGCUCUCAUACUUAACUAUAUUCUACUCCAUUGAGUGCAUAUGGCACUUGUGUGAAAUUUUGUAUAUAGACAUAAUACCUGGAGACAUAGUGUUACCGUUUUUAUUAGAAUGGGUCCGCUUCCACUUCCCUCAUCACGAGCAAUCUGCUGUGCAGCUGCUGGAGUCUUGCGAGAGAGGUUCAGAAGAUAACCCAGACUAUUGGGACACAGUGGUGGGCAUGGUGGUGCAGGGCAGGGUGGACGUCGCCCGAGCGCUGCUCAAGUUGCACUCUGCAGUUGACACCAAUGAGUUUAAGCUGGUCGACAACUCGCUGCGAAGUAUGCCAGUUUAUAGUGUAUAUAGUGGAAUAUCAACUGGCGAAUUUACAAUAUCCUGGAAGCACUGGCAGGCAGAAUGUCGAUCUAAACUCAGCAGUCGACUGCUGGCGCACCAACCACAACUGGAGCUUAUUAUGAGGAUAAUGACGGGCGACUACUCGGCGUUCGAGUCCAUCCGCGGCAAGUACUCGUCGUGGUUCGACGUGCUGGGCGGGUGGGUGAUGUUCACGACGCCGUGGGCGCGGCGGCGCGAGCUGGGCGCGGCGGCGGCGGCCUGCGCGGGGCUGGCGGUCGGCGGCGGCGGCCACCUCGACGUGAUGGUGCGCGCCGCGCUGGAGGGGGACCUGUACCUGGUGAUCCACGAGAUCCAGCAGAUGGCGGACAACGGCUGGUUCGCGACGCACCUCACCGACGUGCUGCUGCAGUGCGGCAAGCUGCACAUCCUGGACAAGCACCAGACCGACGUCACUAGCCGCCUGCGCGACAGCCUCGUCCUGGAGUACGGCUCGCUGCUGCUGGAGCACCAGUCGCUGUGGCCCGUGGGGCUGUCGUACCUGGCCAGCGUGCCCGACGGCGCGCGCCGCGCCGAGCUCAUGCUGGAGAGGAUCCCCAUACGCACGGAGGGCAAAGCCUUGCGCGUCGUCGCCGAGGCUAAGAAGUACGGCCUGCUUGGAGUCGCGCAGUCGGUGUGCUCGUGCAUGAGCGCGCGCGCGCUGUCGCGCGGCGCGGCGGGUGCGGCGCUGGCGUGGGGCGCGCGCGCGCGCAGUGCGGCGCAGUGCGCGCGCGCCGCGCACCGCGCGCUGCGGGCCUACUGCGCGGGCGGCGCGCUGCCCGCCGCCGACCUGCUGCUCACGGCCGGCGCCACGCUGCUCGUCGACGACACGCUGCUGCUGCUGGGCAAAUACUGUGACUUCCAUAGACUAUAUAAGAGCAGAGAGUUCAAGAAGGCGGCUAAACUACUCGUCUCACUCAUCACAUCAAACAUUGCACCUGAUUAUUUCUGGGCGACGCUGCUGCUGGACGCGCUGCCGCUGCUGGAGACGGAGGAGCCGGUGCUGUCGGCGGCGGACUCGUACGAGCUCAUGCUGUGCCUGGAGCUGCGCGCCGCUUGCCUCGCGCGCCCCCAGGCCGAGCUGCUGCGCCUGGCGCUGGCGCGCAACCUGGCGCGCACCGCGCUGCACGAUGUCCAGCACGACUAGCGCCAGCGGACGCUGCUCGUCAUCAUCCAUCCCUGACGACUCAAUACAAACCUAUGUUGGACCACAGCAUGUAAUAUAAUUGGAUAAGGAAUUUUCCAAUUUUUACUUAAGCAUACCCUACUUAAAACCCUUGUGCACGCCACUCUCAUCUAUCAUCCAUCAUGACCUCAGACCAAUUAUAGAAAGACCUGUAUCACACUCAUAGUCAUGAACAAAAUUGUCUGUCAUUUUCUGAAGAAAACGAGCUUAGAUUUGGUAUAUAUCUUAUACUAAACUAGAAGUUUUUGCCCAUUUUUAAACAAUUCAAUUACACAAAAAGGUAUUUUUCGGUAGGGUAGGUAAAAAAAAGGUAUUGAAAGGUAUCAGCAAGCCGCAUAAGGCCACCAACGAGCCAAUUUGUAGGUCCAUCUCUAUGUCGUUACCAUCCAUCAUCUCGUGUAGUGAUGAUGGAUGAUAACAUGCGACCGGCGACAUACCUCGUGAAGAGAAAUAGACAAAUUUCAACCAAUAGCGGCGCUAUCUAAAAUACUGUUAUCUCUUUCAUUACGUUAAGACAAAGACAUGGAACUGGGUUCACACAUUUUAUCUAUUUCUCGUCACUUGGUCGCAUGCUAGGACCCCUUGCUCUUUUGAGGGUUCUCCCAACACUACAUUUUUCAGUGUGGGGUCGCUUUUCAACAUCAUAGCUAUUACAUAUUUAGUAUUACUAAUUGGACCAUAACUACUAGCUUUAGGUAUUUAAUCUUUUAUCUACACUAACUAUUAUUAUAAUAAGUAGGAAAUUAUUGUUUGUUAUGGAUCUCUGAAACUAGUGAACCGGUUUUUAUAAUUCUUGUAUUGAGAUAGAUAGAUGUGUGUUCGGAAAGUGGCAGUUUAUAAAACCACCGCAAAUGAAACUAUGGGCCGAGGCAUAUGCUAUGCCGAGCCUUUACCGUACCGACAAAAUAGUGGUUACACGUCAAUCAAGUGAAAGUCCUGUUAAUUUAUUUUUGUUAUUAAUUGCAAAAAAAACGCAUUGAUCUCUUAUAAUAAAAGGACGCACUGUGUAUGUAGAAAAUUUCAGUUAAAAACUGGCUAUUUUUGCUUUGAUAGUUUUAAAAUUAUUGGAAAGAAAAUUAUACCUAAAGGCUUUUAAAUAUAGUCCAAUAUUCAAUAAAUUCCCAAAUUCAGAUCAAAUUCAACCUUAAGGAUUGAGUUUAAGAUUGAAUUUGCAAAUGUGACUACUUGAAUUGAGUGCCAAGUUGUGUUUGCACUCAUUGAGUGGGGACCUUUUUUGGUCGCUGAUUGUGCAUCCACUUUUUAUUAGGAGAUCGAUGUUAAUACGCCAAAACUGUUUAAAAUUUAGUUAGGUAUUAAAAUUGUUGAUCUAUUGCUAGUUAUUAGUUACAUUAUAAGCAAGGUUCAAGUUGUAAUAUGAGGGUAAGCCAGAUCCUAUGCCGCGUCAUUUCCAUCUAAAUUUGAAAAUAAAUUUUUAUGAUCGUGAAGGUAUCGCAUCUGUCAGAUAGGAAGAAUUUGACUAAUUUGAGUUUUUAGACCAACCAUAAAUUGUCUAAGGCCUUACUUCGGUUAGACUACAUCCAUCUUGGUAGUGUUGAUAAAGACUAGCUCUACUAUGGCCAUCCUAGUACUCUAGUCGGAGACUUGGGCCAUACUAUGUUAUUGGAUAGAAGCAGGCGUUACUUUGCGGAAGUUCAUCAAGAUUUAUCAAUGCAUUUGCAAAGUGAUGAAGUCACUUUACUAUUGCACGUUGUAGAGUCAACAUCUCCUGAGGAUGCUCCGGGUUUCGGGGUGAAACGUACGUAGGAAGUAUUUUGACGUUGUCGCAUGGGUUCGUCGGCUUUUCGCGGAGGAUAGCAAAUUAAAUAAAUCAUUAUUAACAUUAUAUGUCGUAGUAUUCUUGUCGGGAGACUUUAGCCAUCGUAGUAGUCUAGUUGGAGACUCAAGCUAUACUAAAGCCAUGAUAAUGUUGUCAGCCUUGAGCCCUACCCUAUUAUGGCCAUCACAGUAAUAUAUUCUAAGACUGGUUGUCGAAGUCGGAGACUAUAGCUGUCGUAGUGGUGUAGUUUAUAAGUCUAGACACUUUAACCUUGUUAGGGUUGUUAUAGUAGUCUAGUCAGAGAUUUGGGCCCUACUGUGGAUAGUGAUGUCUCUAAACUAUUUGUCAGUGCAUUUUUUGUAAUUUUGUACAGUAGCUACUACUAAUAAUAAAUAAAAUAAUUAAUUACUAUUACUCAUUUAUUUAAUAAGUGUAAUUUCAAGUUGUAUUAUAAGUGCUGUUUACAUUUUGAUGGUAAGCUUGUUGAAAUAAAGUGAUUGUUUGUACUUUACUAUGUA